AAUAAUGAAAAUAGCGAAGAUGAACAUCAACAAAUUAUUACGUUAAAUAAAUCAAAUAGUGAUUAUGUAGUUUCUGAUACAACGGAAGAAAAUAUUAAACAAUGGAAUAAUAAAUAUACGCCGGGUGAUGUAAGAUGUUACUGUAAUCUGCCGGUUUGUGUUGCGACUGGUUAUAUGUGCAAGUCUCAAGAAGGCGGUUGUUUCACUGACCUCCUAGGGGGUGCUUCUGAUGUAUUCAAUGCUCGACAUGGUUGUCUGGAACUUCUGAUAGAUAAUGAUCUUAAAGAACAGUGCCAAGUAGAACCGAAUAAUGGCGGUUGGUCCAGACCUCAACAUCCAAAAUCACUAUUACUAUGUUGCAGAAAGGAUAUGUGCAAUCAUGUGGACAGUCCUGAAGCACGCAGUAAACUUAACGAUACUUUAAUGAAUUCCAGUUUAAGUGGAAUAGAAAAUAGUGCUAAUACAGUUCCGCAUACAAAUAUGCAUCCAACACCAAGUUAUUCGGAUGCAGAAGUUUGGUUUAAAGCUGCUACAAUAGCGGUCCCAAUAUGUGGUGUUUUAAUUCUACUUAUGCUUAUUGGCUUAGCUGUAAGAAUAUUACGGUCUGAUGCCAAUAAAUUAGGAGGAACAUUUGGUCCAACAAUGGAAUACAAAUCAAACGUAAAUCAUUUAGUCGAUCCAUCACAUCAUCACAGUGUCCAAAACUAUGUGAGUGUUAAAAAAGUGCCAUUAAUCUAUUCAGACUCAACAACAAAAUCCAUAAAACAGUUACAUCAGUCACCUGGAUCAUGUUGUCAACAAAAUAUUGAUCAUAUUGCACCGUUAUUGGUGCAACAAAAUACCAAUAAUUUUGAGCCAACAUUACCACAUCAUCAUCAGAAGAAUGAAGUGUUAGCGAAAUUAAAUACUUGUAAGAAUGUAAAUAUUAUACCAUCAACAAAUCAUCAUCAUGCCAAAUUAUAUGAGAAAUGUUCUGUGCCACUUUCACAAUAAAUUUUUUAUUGUUUAUAAAAGAAAAUUGUUGUAUAAAAAAAAGUUGAUAAAAACUCAAGUUUUGUACCAAACUUUAGGGAAAAAAACAACCCGAAACUUAUUAAUUCAGAGUGACCACAAAACAAGAAAACCAGAAAAUAUUUUAUUGAUCAGGAAUGAUUAUGAAAAUCAAACAUAUCUAAGCAGUAGGUACUUAUCUAAAACAAUCUUCGAAAUUACCUAAAUUAAGUUUUUGGGAGGUUUUAAUUACCUAACAUCUUCCAUUUUACUCAUUUUCUUAUACAGAUGCUUAAGAUAUCAAGAAAUUCAAAAUGUUCUCGGUUUUUUGGUUAAAAAAUUGCUUUGGUUUAAUAAUUUCAGACAAUUUUAUUGAAAAUAUUUCCCUAGUACUCGAAUCAACAGAAUUUACGUGAUUUUUUCUCUUUUUUUCUUGAGUCCUUGUUAUUUAAGAAAAUCCAAAAACCUAUACAAAAAUUUUUAAAUAUUUUAUUUACGUCACCGGCUUUAUUAUAAAGAACGAAAAAAAAUUUAAUUAAAAAAAAAUAAUAAAGAUUAUUACAAUCAGACAUUUUUUGAGUGACUCCAAGGAGCGCGAGGGCUUGAUCUCAUGCAAAAAUAAAAAUUAUAUAUCAAAAUGUUAUCUCAAUAAACAUAAAAUUUCAUUUCUUUCAAGACACAAAGUUCAAAAUCUCAGAUUAUUUUAACAUCUAACCACAUACAUUUUUUUUACAACUACAUAUUCUGUUUUUAUGUCGAUUUUUUCCCUUAAAUUUGGUACAAAAUUGUUUGGCCUAGAGCCAUGCGUCGUAUUUGAGAGCCAUUUCAGAACCACACGAAAUAUUAGAGGCUGUUUUCAAGGUCGUAUUUAACACUUUUGAAGUGAAAACUUUUUUAACCGCAUUGAGCGAAAUAAAAAUCGUCACCUCGAUCGAAGCGACAUGCAUACCACCUGGCAUGUAUAUCACGUUGAAAACACCGGUUCAUGACGGAUCACUUCUGGGGAGUUCGUUAACAUUGAGUACAGUCAGUUCUUGAAUGGGAUACCGCUGGAGAACAUUGUGUGCUGUUGCCUUUUUAUUACUUAUAAUUAUUACUUUAACAAUGUUCCAAGCUUCUUUGAAAGAGAAGUCUACAAUUAUUUGGAUUGACCUGGACAAAAUCCUCACAAAUUUCCAGCUGUUCUGAAAUGACUAUAAAAUAGUACGCCUGGCCCUAGAUCUAUGUAUAUAAAAAUUUAUUUUUUAAUAUUAAGAAAAAAAUGUUACUGGAACAAUAUAUCACAAAAUAUGAUUGUGAUGUGAUGUAAGAAAAAAGAAUAUUUUU